AAACUGACACAAAUCAGACAUAAUGAGCAAUAAUACUUUGCAAAAUUUUGAAGAACUUCCUACUUCGGCCAAACGCAAAAGGGUGUUGGCAGCGGUGGCACAGGAGCUGGUUACCAGCGAGGAUGAUGAUAAUGUUGCUGAUGGUAUGGAUAUCUGUGAUAUAAUGGAAAACCAUACACUUCAUCAAAGGCAAACAACAACUUCUAGUGCUUUACACGCACUCGGUGAAACAAUUAGAAAUACGUUAUUGGAAAUCAAUGACAUACGAGAACAAAAUCGCGAACGUAGACAUAGGGAACUAUUGCAGAUUCUUGCAAAAAUGGCGCAACAGGAAAGUCCGACUAAAAAUGUACAUGAUAAUUCAAAAGUAUCAAAUAUAAAUAAUGAAAUAAUAACCAAUGAACAACAGGUGAACAACUAUGUUAUUGAACAAGACCAAGUUACAAUGAACAGCUCGACUUCAAAAUCUGACACUAAUUCGAAACAAACUGAGUUUAACGAAGUGUUAAAAUCUCAAAAGACUGUUGUUGAUAACGCUACAUUGGUUCAGAAAAAAUCUGAAAAUUAUAUAAAAAUCUUGCCAAAACUUCAAAAAACUAGUAGUAAUAUCCAGCAAGUGAGUAAUAUUAAAAAUGCUAAUUCCAAGAAGGAAUUACAAAAUAUGCGUGCUGAAAUGUUAGAGAUACAGCGAAAAAAAAUGGAAGACCGUGAACGGAAAAUGAGAGAAUUUUUGCAAAUGCAAAAUAUGUAACAAAUAUUAUUUGUUUUAUUAUCAGUCUUAAAAUUAAAAAAUAAAAAUAUGUAAUUCAAUUAUACUAUUCUUAUUUAUCCUCUAAUAUCAGUUUUUAAUUUGUAAGUUAAAUUUCACUGUUAAACUAAAAUCAUAUAUACAGUGUCUCGCAUAAGUUUUGAAAUUUUGUUAGACUAAAAAAAACGCGUUUUUAUACAGGAUGUUUUUAUUUUUUAUAAAUUCAUUUGUAUUAUUAAUUACACAACAUUAAAUAACGAUUUAUAAUAUCACAAAUUUUUGAAAAUUAUGUGGACACCAAAAAAGUGUGAAUAAUCACAGUGAAUUUUAAGGAGUCUUCGUAUUUGAACAAAAUUUUUAAACCAAAAAAAAAAACAAGGUUAGCAGCUAUUAUUACCGCUAAGCUACCGUUACCGAUAUAACUGCAAUUACCAUUACCAAUAUAAAUGUAAAUUGCGUUACCACUAAUACCGUUACCGCUAUUCUAAAAAUAAUUUUAAAUUAUGAAAAUAAAAAGUAUAAUUUCAAUAAUAGAGUCCAUUGUAAUCUACAAUCUACUUAUUUUUAAUGUUUGAAAUUAAUUAAUCAAUUAAUUCUCGCCGAAAUUAUCGUUAUCAUUAAAAUACCGUUACCGGAAUGACCCGGGACUCAACUCGGCAACCACAGCGAUAAGUACCAUUAUCGCUAAACGUUAUACGAUUACAGUAUUUGGAUGCAGUAUCAUUUUAGACCUUGGGAGAACCAAAAUUCGCAAAAAGUCCAUUAUAAGGGCCACCAUAAUGUAUAUAGUACAUGAUAGGAAGUUAAAAAUUGUAAAAGAACAUUUAAAAUAUUUGUUUUUAUAGCGAGCAUAAUUAUGUAUUUAUUUGUUUUUUUUAUGAUUAUUAAUCUUUUACAAUUUUAAUAUUUAUGAAUAUAUGGAAUGCAGAUUUAAGUUAAAAUGUAGUUAUAUAUGAAUUAGUAAAAUUUUAUUCAAAAUGAAUUUAUUAUGUAUAUGGUCGACAUUUGAGUUAUAAUAUUUCAUAGAUAUUUGUUUUCAUACAUUUAUAAAAUGGAGUCUUAAGUUUUAAUAAUAAACAAUGAGAUUACAUCUAUAAAAUUUAGUCUUAAAUUACGUUCCGAAUAAAGAAAAUAUAAUUAAGUGCACCAUUUUUGAAAUGCAGACGUGUAGAUAUUAAU